UGAGCCAAGAAGACAGCGGCGCUCCGCAGACUCCUGGAGGGGCCCCUGCCUUGCCCAGCGAGGAGCCCGGCAUGAUCAGCGUGGACUUUGUGGGACUCUUCUACCAGUUCGCCAAGACUUUUGUCAUUAUCUUCCCUGUGUAUGUGCUGGGCUACUUCGGGCUGAGCUUCAGCUGGCUGCUCAUCGCCCUGGUCUUCCUGAGCUGGUGGAAGAAGAACAAGGGCAGUAAGAGUUCCAGAUGGCACAGGGCGCUGCAGUUCCUGGAGAAUGAGGAGAAAGUGGUGAAACAGAAGAUCAGUACUUCUGAACUGCCUGCCUGGGUCCAUUUCCCAGAUAUAGAAAGGGCAGAAUGGCUAAACAAGACAGUCAAACACAUGUGGCCCUAUAUCUGCCAGUUCAUAGACAAGCUAUUCAGAGAGACCAUAGAGCCGGCAGUCAGAGGUGCAAAUGCCCAUUUGAGCACCUUUAGUUUUACGAAGAUUGAUAUGGGCACUCAGCCAUUAAGAGUGAAUGGAGUUAAAGUGUAUACAGAAAAUGUGGACAAGAGACAGAUCAUUUUGGAUCUUAAGAUAAGUUUUGUAGGAAACACGGAGAUUGAUUUGGAAAUAAAGAGAUAUUUCUGCAGAGCUGGAGUAAAGAGUAUUCAGCUUCAUGGUACAAUGAGAGUCAUUUUGGAGCCGUUGAUUGGAGACAUCCCAAUAAUCGGAGCGUUGUCCAUAUUUUUCCUGAAGAAACCGCUUUUGGACAUCAACUGGACGGGUCUAACAAAUCUUUUGGAUAUUCCUGGCUUAAAUGGCAUAUCUGAUACCAUUAUAUUGGAUAUUAUUUCCAACUAUUUGGUUCUUCCCAAUCGUAUUACUGUUCCUCUAGUGAGUGACCUCCAGAUUUCACAGUUACGCUUCCCAAUACCUAAGGGUGUUCUCAGGAUCCACUUUAUAGAGGCUCAGGAUCUGAUGUGGAAAGACACGUACAUGAAGGGACUCAUAAAAGGAAAGUCUGACCCGUAUGGCGUUAUAAGGAUCGGCAAUCAGGUUUUCCAAAGCAAAGUCAUUAAGGAGAACUUGAACCCCAAAUGGAAUGAAGUGUAUGAGGCAUUCAUUCAUGAGCAUCCAGGACAGGAAUUGGAGAUUGAGCUCUUUGAUGAAGACAGCGACAAGGAUGAUUUUCUGGGCAGUUUGCUGAUUGACUUGGAGGAAUUGGAGAAGGAGAGAGUUGUAGAUGAGUGGUUCACUCUGGAUGAAGCUACAUCUGGAAAACUUCACUUAAAACUCGAGUGGCUUUCCCCAAAGUCCACCGCAGAGAACUUGGACAAGGUGCUGUCAAGCAUUAAAGCUGAUAAGGAUCAGGCAAAUGAUGGUCUCUCUGCAGCUCUGCUCGUCCUGUACCUGGAUUCUGCUAGAAACCUGCCUAAUAAUCCAUUAGAAAUUAACCAGGAUGGCAUGAAGAAGUCUGCCGUUGACAAAGCUAAAAAGUCAGGAAAGAAGAUUGGCAGCACGCCUAAUCCCUUUGUGCUGUUUUCUCUGGGCCAUAAUGUACAGGAAAGUAAGGUCAAAUACAAGACCAUCGAGCCAGUCUGGGAACAGACAUUCACCUUCAAUGUCCACAAUCCUAAAAGUCAAGACCUGGAAAUUGAGGUGAAGGAUGAAUACCAUCAAAGUUCUAUGGGAAAUCUCAAGAUUCCACUAAGCAAGCUGCUGACCAGUGAGGACAUGACUAUUAAUCAGAGGUUUCAGCUCAACAACUCUGGUCCAAAUAGCACCAUAAAGAUGAAGAUUGCACUCAGGAUUCUUCAUGUGGACAGACCUGUGCGGUCUCCUGAUGAACAGUACACAUCCCAAGUAAAGAGGCCGUCCAUUUUCAAAGGAAAGAAUCCGCCAACUCCAAUUCCUUCCCCUUCAGCAGCAGAUGCACCGAAAUCUCCACCAACACCCAAAGUAGAUGCCAAUAAAAAGACAGAAAAUGGGGAAAAAGGAAGCACGCCAAGCGCUAGCCCCCAGAGACCAACAGAACUAAACAAAAGCGCUUCCACUCUCUCAGGUUCCAGCUUUACAUAUUCUCCUUCUCACAUGUCCUCAAAGGAGCCCACUCCUAGCAUCGCCUCUGAUAUCUCCUUACCCAUAGCUACUCAGGAGCUCCGCCAGCGAUUGCGGCAGCUUCAAAACGGUACAUCCUUGGGCCAAUCCCCUCUAGGACAGAUCCAAUUAACCUUGCGGCACACCUCUCACAGAAAUAAACUUGUGGUCGUGGUACAUUCCUGCCGUAACCUAAUCGCCUUCUCUGAAGACGGUUCCGAUCCAUACGUAAGAUUGUAUUUAUUACCAGACAAGCGAAGGUCGGGAAGAAGAAAAACCCACGUGCUUAAGAAGACAUUAAAUCCUGUAUUUGAUCUAAAAUUUGAGUUCAAUGUGACACUGCCAGACCUCCAAAGGAGAACACUAGAUGUUGCUGUAAAGAAUAGUGGAGGAUUCUUAUCUAGGGAUAAAGGUUUGCUUGGAAAGUUAUUGCUGGACCUAAACUCAGAAGAAAUUGCCAAAGGAUGGACGCAGUGGUAUGAUUUAACCGAAGAUGGGGCGAGGACCUCGGUUUCCAACUAGUCCCCCUACCUGUCACAAGGCCCCUUUUUCCCUGCAGCGCCAGAGAAUAAAUUGACCACACUCACAGGAUUUUCAGAUAUAUAUAUAUAUUUUUUUAUAGUUCCAUUUAUUUCAUGAGUCUUCUGCACACUUCUUCUUUUAAUUGUUUUUAGGUUGUUUCGCAGACCUUGUCAUAUACUGUUAUGGAGCUUACUUAGCUGUGCAGCUUUAUCCUCAAUCUAAUAUUGUGCAAUAGGGUGUUUUAACUGCAUUAAAAUUCAAGUUAUUCUUUUAUAAAGCCGGGAAUAUGUUUGAUGCUUACAGCAGCUGGAGUUUGUAUUUACCACCAUGUAAAUAUGUACCAUUAUAUUUUGUAUUUUUUGUUUUCUUUGCGCAGUAUUGAUUUGGAUUUCAGUUAUAAUGACAUUCAGUUCUAGAGGGCCAGAUAAUGCCAAGUUCUUGAGCAGAUGGAUUAGUGUAAACUCUACAUUGCUGAUCCUUUUAGCUGUGUGGAUUACGGAGGCAGUUUGUUGUUUGCCGUUUCAAUGUUACUGUAAUUGAUGCUGUCCUUUCUGAGGAUCUUGUUUUAAUCAGAUGUUCAUACAGAGGCCAUAAGCAGCUUCUAAAUGAAUGGCUGAUUUUAAUAUGGCCAUGCUCAGAGCCUGCAGGAGCUAGUGAUUAUCCUGCGUAGCUGGGGUAUGCUGAGAUUAAUUCUAUAGUGUA